AUGGCUCAAGACAAAUCUUGUUUGGAUUCAGUGACUGAGCCUGACGUCGAUGAUGUUGCUGCUGUGGAAAAAGAAAAAAUGAUUGUUGAUGAUGACAUCUCUUCUUCUGGCAAGCCUGGACCCAAACCCAAUGAGGUGAUAAUCGCAGAUGGUGGGUUGCAGAUUAAGGAUAAAGAUUUGGAUAUUGAAAAAGUCAUCAACUCUCAGAUUCAGUAUGCUAAUCGACUUCUCAACAAAGAUCAAGCUCCUCAGGUCUCAGAUUUGAUGUCAAAAGAAAAAGAGAAUCAGAUACCUUCCUGUGCAGAUGCCAGUGUCAACGUAGCGCAGGCUAGCUCAUACUUUUUAGCCAGAUUCCAUCUUCUUGGGAAACAGUUCAGCUGA